AUGGUCGACGAGAGCGGCUACGUGCCGACGUCGUACAUCCACGCGGUGAGCCCGAGCGUCGCGUCGUCGAGCGGCGCGGCGCCGUCGCCGGGCGGCCCUCGCGAGUGGCUCGUCGACGCCGCGCGCGAGGCCCUCGAGGACGACGGCGGCGGGCGCGACGCCGCGGAGGCGCUCGCCGUCGUCGCGGCGCGGGCCGGCGGCGGCGACGGGCGCGAGGCGGCGGAGGCGCUCGCCGAGGGCGCGUCUCGGGCCGCGGUCGUCGCGCGCCGCGCGCCGCCGGACGGCAUCGAGCGAGCCCGCCGCCGCGCGCGCCGGCGGCGGACGGCGCACGCGAGCGUCCUCGAGGACGUCCUCACGCGGAAGGAGGCGGAGGCGUCCUUUGCCCCGUCGCUCCGCGGCGGCGCCUCGGCCGCGACCGUCGCGCUCGUCCACGGCGUCGACGAGACGCCCGCGGCGGCCGCGGCGCGGGAGCGCGCCGAGCUCGAGGCCUCGCUCGCGGAGACGCUCGCCGCGCUCGGGACCGCCGGCGGCGCGGCCCGGCGCGCGGCGCCGGGCCGGCCGCCCAAGCGCCGCACGCUCCACCGGUCCGCGCGGCCCGACGUCGUCGUCACGACCAAGGAGACCGUCGCCCUCUUCGCCGGGUCGCUCCGCGAGGGCGGCGCCGGAGGCAUGCGAUUCGGUGCGUUCGGCGGCGGCGGCGGCGGCGGCGGCGCGCGCGCGCGGACAGAGCGGGCGGCGGCGGACGACGACGGCGGCGGCGGCGAUGGCGGCGACGGCGACGCCGCGCGCGCCGCCAACGCGGACGACGGCGACGGCGACGCCGCCGACGCGGACGCCGCCGACGCGGACGGCGACGCGGACGGCGACGCGGACGGCGGUCCCGGCGCCGCUUGCGGCGCCGCGAUCCUCGACGAGCUGGUCGAGGCCCUCGCGCGGGCCGCGUGCGAGGCCAUCACCGACGAGAGCGAGCCCUACGCGCGCCGCAAACUCUACCACGUCUCGCGGCGCGCCGACCUCCUGCGAGGCGCGUCGCCGCCCCGCGCGGCGCCGGAGGAGCUCACGCUCGCGGCGCUCGGAGGCGUCGCGCGCGCGCCGCCCGAAGCGCCGCCGCCGCGGCGGCGCGGCGGCGCGCUCGCGGACCGGCUCAAGCGCUCCCUCGCGGCAGAGCACGCCGUGGCGAUCGCGGCCGCGCCCGGCGGCGACCCUCGGACGCUGGAGCUCCGCGCGCCGACGAGGGAGGCGCGGGACGCCUGGUGCGAGACGCUCCGCUACGUCAUCGGGAUCGCGAGCGCGCGCUAG